AUAAACAGGACCAGCUGGAUGUUGGUCAUAUGAUGAGCCGUUUUUACUGCCUCUGCAAAAUUAAGGAAGAGUCGAUUUAACAGCGCUUUAUUUUCACUGUCACUAAAAAAGAGGAUCGUUUUAACAACAGUCAAGUACAGAAGCUGGAGUUUCUUCAUCUGGCAAAACUGAACAAUGACUGCAGCACUGCUGGAACAGUAUCGAGAGAGAAUCCGGACUGAACUGGACAGAGUUGUGGAUUUCUGGCUGAAAUAUUCCCAUGACGAAGAACACGGUGGAUUUUUUAACUGCCUUGGAAAAGAUGGGAAGGUCUAUGAUGAGCUGAAAUAUGUGUGGUUACAGGGGAGACAGGUAUGGAUGUACAGCAGGUUGUAUCGUACAGUGGAAAGAUUUCAUAAACCUGAGAUUCUUGAAGCUGCUAAAUCAGGUGCUGCAUUUCUGCAGAAGUUUGCUCGAGUUCAGGCGUCCAGUGGCCCGGGGAAAUGUGCCUUCUGCCUGACAAGAGAUGGACGAGUGGUGAAGGUUCAAAGGACGAUAUUCAGCGAGUGUUUUUAUGUGAUUGCCAUGGAUGAGCUGUCCAGGAUUACACAAGACAAAGACAUGCAGACAGAUGCUGAGAGCAUGAUGGAUCAGUUGAUAUUCUGGGUUCAGACUGAUUCAUCAGGGCUUGGUCGUCCUCAGCUUCCUGGUGAUCCACCUGUCAACAGUAUGGCAGUUCCCAUGAUGCUCCUGUGCCUGGUAGAUCAGCUGACGGAGGGUAGAACUGAUGUUGCGGAAAAGUACAAAGACCUAAGCGGAUGGUGUGUGGAACGGAUAUUACAGCAUAUACAGAGAGAUGGAAAAGCCAUUUUGGAAAAUGUUACACUGAAUGGAAAGGAACUUCCUGGUUGUCAAGGGCGGUUGCAGAACCCUGGUCAUGCUCUGGAGGCCGGCUGGUUUCUGCUGCAGUAUGCGAUGACAAAAGGAGACAUGCAACUGCAGAAGACAGCAGUGGAUAAGUUCAUGGAGAUCCCGUUCCACACUGGAUGGGACAAACAACAUGGUGGUCUUUUCUACUUCCUGGAUGUAGAUGGUCAUUGUCCGACUCAGUUAGAAUGGAAUAUGAAGUUGUGGUGGCCUCACUGUGAAGCUCUGAUCGCCUACCUGAUGGCCUACAGUCACAUCAGAGAGCCUGUGCUACUGGACAGAUUCAAACAGAUCUACGACUACACCUUCAGACAUUUUUCUGAUGAGGAACAUGGCGAGUGGUUUGGAUAUCUGAGUCGUCAGGGAGAGGUUGUGCUGGAUUUCAAAGGAGGACCCUUCAAAGGAUUCUUCCAUGUUCCUCGGUGUCUCUACAUGUGUGAGAAGCUUCUGGAUGGUCUUCUUGAAAAGCAGGAUUCUUGAACUUGCGCUGUUAUUUUGCACUACAUUACCAGAUCUGACAGGAAGAGUAACUGAUCAGUUCGCAUAAAAUGCAGUAACUAAAUGAUUUUAAUUAUAAAGUUUUAACUACACUAAUUCUUACUGUCAAACUGUAUUACGGGUUCAUAUUUUUCAUUUUAAGUGCCAUUAUUCUUUAAGCCAUUCAUCUAACAUGUGAAUGAAAAAGGGACCAUAUAGUUUUUUCUUUCUUAUAUUAAAUGAAUUAUUUCUAGCCAGUACUGUGUUCACAAGUUGGAGUCAUUGCAUUUGUCUCUAAAAGGUUUUCUUCAUAAAGCUUUUUAUUUAGCCACGUGAUAAAUAGAAGGCUAAUUUAUAAAGCUAGAAAAAACAAUGUUGUAUAAACCACUCCCCUCUGAUGAUCACUGCUGCUCUUAUGAGUGCCUUUUUGUUAAUCACUUUUAUAAUUCUGCACACAUUAGUGGCUAAAACAUGUAAAGACAUUCCAACUGCUCUGAAUAAACUGACAUGUUUACAGAAA